CUCGAGAAAAUGUUUAUUAAAAUUACUAAGGGUUUGUCAGAUUCCCGAAAUACUAAAUAGUCCCCAUUUGCUUCAUUUAAAUUUGUUCUGUUCUGUUCUUGUAGCUCACGUCAGUUGGUCCUGUGACCCAUAGGUCGAUCCGUGUGUUUGGGUUUAAAUUCCUCUGUAGCAACCAGUAAACGGCGAAGAAAGGCUGGGAUCCAAACACCUGUUGCUCCAACAUGUCUGAAUAUGCCCGUGAAGUCAAAUCUUUGCUGUCACCGGGUCCCUGCUACAUCCCGGGGUACACAGGGCACUGCCCUGGACUCAGGUUCAGCAUGGGCAAACCUUACGGAAUGCUUACAGCCGAACUGAUGUCUCAGAGGAAAUGGUACCCAGAGUCUGACAUAGCUCCUCUGCCAGAAAACAUUCCUGAUGACGUGUGGCGGAAGUCAAUACCAGGAUACACAGGUUUUAUUCCAAGAAGUCGGAACUACUACGGCUGCAACUAUAACGUGACCUGUAAGAAAGCACAGAGUGAAGUUUAUCUGGCAGAUCAGGUGAAGCGCAAGCAAGGAUCAAGGCCUCUUCCUACCAUCAACACCUAUGGCCGUGAACAUCUUGAAAGAGCUAAAUCUCCGGUGACAGCGGCGUUGGACAAGGUGUUUGUCUACAAGUCCUUAAAGCCUUUCAUACCUCAAGGAAGUCCAUACCAAAUGGAAGAUGAUAACCCCAAGAAGUACUUCAUCCCAGGGUUUACAGGACAUGUGCCAUUUUCCCACAACUUCUAUGGCAAAGGAUUUUCCAUCACCACCAAUCAAGCACUAAAAGAGUAUGGGAAACAUCAGAGACGCUUGAAGGCAGACGAAAGGGACCGAACACACCUGCCCACGUUCUAUUCAUCCAAAAAAGGCGUGAUCCCGGGAUUCACAGGGCAUAUACCAGGAUACAAGUUCAUGGUGGGAAGUACGCUCGGUCGGCUCUCUGAGAUCACAUAUGGAAAGAGCUUCAGUAAAAUCACCGAUCCAUGAAAGCCUCCCGCUUCCCCUGAAAAAGCACAACAAUUCUGUACCAUGAGCAACGUCACGGAGCAACCUCCUAGAAAAAUAAAACUGAUUGCAGUUUAAA